CCACACCACCCCACCGGAAGGAUCCGCCGCCGAAAAAUUCCAUCCAAUUGAUGACGAUGGGUUCCAUAUCUUACUGUGGACGGAAUCGAUUGGGGGGAUUAGGGCUGCGUUUGCCGUCGCAAUGGGGAUGGGAUCGCCACGGCCACACAAACAUUAUCUCCGGUCCAAUGAAACCGAGGAAGAGCUUGUUGGCGCAGAUUACUCGUCCUUCGAGUCCCAAGGUCUAUGUCAAAUCAAUGUAGACAAUUGGGUUAAGGAUCAGAAGAAAAAGGCUCCGGCCGGCAACCUCAAGAGGAUCCUACUCAAACUUCGCAAGGAUGGGCGGUUCUAUCAUGCUCUACAGGUUUAUGAAUGGAUGAGAAAGAAAGGUGUAUAUAAAUUUUCGUCUAGUGACUAUGCUGUCCAGUUCAACUUGAUAUAUAAGGUGCGAGGAUGUUCUGCUUCGGAGCGCUAUGUCAGGAACUUGCCAAAACAAGCUAGAAAUUGCAAGACAUGUAGAGAAAUCCUUCAUUGUUCUGUGCAUGAAAACAUAGGUACAUGGAAGAGUCCUUUAUGGCAUCUUCAGAAGAUGAAAGAGUUGGGUUUUGCGUUGUCACCGCUCCUUUUCAAUGAAACCAUGCACAUUUGUGCUGAAAGUUACCAAAUUAACGAGAUCCCUUGGGUGAUGGCCGAGAUGAAGAGGAGCAAAGUUUUGCCUGAUAAUGAUAGUUACAGAAUGUGCAUUAGUUCAUUGGGGAUAAAAGGUGAUCUGGAUGGGGUGGAGAUAAUGCUGAGAGAGAUGGAGAGUCAACCCCACAUCGUCAUGGACUGGUGCACGUACGCCAUGGUAGCCGAGUUGUAUGAUAGAGAAUUUCUUCUAGAUAAGGCCACCGAUGCUCUUGAAAAGGCGAGGGUGAUUUUACAGAAGGAUAUUAGAAGAAAAAGACCCAAUUAUCUGCUAGAUUAUGGAGAUGUGAUAAAGUCGCUGGUGAAGCUUGGAGAGUUAGAUGAGGCUGUGAAGUUCAUGACUGAGUGGGAAGCAUCAGGUAAUUGGUGCAAUUUGGAUGGAAUUGGCAUCCCAUACACAAUUAUUGAAGAGUAUGUCAAAAAUGGUAAAUUACGAGAAGCAUUUAAUAAAAUUGAGGUGUGGGGUAGAAAAGGGAAGCCGGGCGUUGACAAACUUUCAAGCUUACUCUGCAAAGAAUAUCUUAAAGUGGGUAAUGUGAUCCAAGCAUUUAACUGCUUUUGGGUAACUGGUAACGAUUUUGAAGUUCACCUAGUGGUUCCGAUGUUGUUUUUCAAAUACCUAGAAGAAGAAUGUGGAUCAUUCUUUCCCCUGCGCUGCACUAGAUCAGUUCAACCUGCCACUGCAGGCGCCAUGUUCUUAGAAGUCAAUCCAACAACCCAUAUGGUGGAUUAUGAGAAUAUCAAGUCACUUGUGGAGUCGGGCAGGCUAAAUGAUGCCAGGAAGAUGGUGAUAGAGUGGGAAAGAUGUGACAAUCGGCGUACUAGUGCUGAUCAUCUGAACAUCCUUAAGUUGAUCAUUGAGGGAUACUGCAAAAAGUGUUUCUUUAUGGAAGCAGAGGCAAUAGCCGAAGCUUGGACAAGAGAAAAAAGGAGUCAGGUUGCAGAAAUAUGGUUUGUGCUGGCUUCGCAUUACCAGCUACAUGGUAAAAUGGUAAGAGGGUUUGAGUGCAUGAGGAGGUGUUUUGAUUUAACACCGGGGCUCAAUGGCAAUUAUAGGACGAUGUUUCGGACGUUUAUAAAUGUCAUUGAGUAUUCAAGAGGGUAUUACUGGAAUUCGUCUCGUCUUGUAUGUAGUCGAUAAUAUACUCUCUCUCUCUCUCGAUUGGUAUGUGUUUGUUUUUCUGUUUAGUUUUCAACCAUCAAAGAACAUGCAUGUGACUCGGAACAUAUAUAUGUUGUUACUAAACCUCCUAUUUUUUAUCUACUGGUUUCAGUCUUUGGACCAAAGAUUGAGUGGGUCUAUACUCCCUGCUCUCUAGUUCAUGCAUGGACAUUUGAAAAAUAACACUCUUUAUUUUCACUCUUUAUUUUCACAUCCUCUCAAAAAAAACUACAUUCGUUU